AUGGGAGCCGCUAAUUCACAACCAUCUGAAACUGACUUUAAUGGUGACAUGAAUGCUGGAGGCAUAACAGCAAUACGGUGUGAAGGUUGGACAGUUCCCAAGUGUGUGCGUUCAUGGUCCUCCUCCGCUGUGGUCUGUUCAGAUGAAGUGGUGGUGCCACCGCCAGGACCCGAUCAGGUGCGGGUGAAAGUGUUUGCUGCAGGUGUAAACCCUAUUGAUGUGAAACGCAUUACAUUUGGCGCUAGCGGUAUUCGAGGUCUAUUUCGAUGGGGAGGAAGUAAUGGUAAUAAUGGUAGUAGUAAUAUGGCUACUUUGGUGAAUUCCAAACGACAUCCAUCACCGACAUUUCCAUUCCCAUAUGUAAUGGGUAUAGAUGGAGCUGGUGUAGUGGAAAGUGUUGGUUGGAGUUCGGAUGAUACAGAAAGACAGCAAAAGUAUAAUUUGCAAGUGGGUGAUCGUGUGGCUUUUUUAGCCGAUAUAACGAGUGCACAUGGUGGUUCCUUUUGUCAGUAUGCUGUGGUUCAUGCAGAUGCGGUGGGAAAGAUUCCACCUCCAACGAAGGAAGAUAUUAUUGAUUUUGUAGAAGCAGCUGCAAUACCAACGGCAGUAGGAACGGCAUAUGUGGCUCUCUUUGAUAAAUUAUCUGUACAACCUGGACGCAGUAUUUUCAUUAGCGGUGCUUCUGGUGGUGUGGGUUCUGCUGCUGUUCAACUUGCCAAAUACGCUGGAUUAUGUGUAUUGGCCUCAUGCUCUACUGUAAAUGUAUCGUAUGUGCGAGAAGAACUCGGGGCGGAUCAUGUCUUUGACUACACCGCCGUAGAUGUGGUGGAAGAGUGUCUUAAACGUACAAUGGGAUUUGGUGUGGAUUAUGUACUGGAAGUGGCAGAUGCAGGACUUGCAGUUCAACAUGCAGAGGCUUUACGAUUUGGUGGAUCUAUUUGUGUUUUACCUGGUUUAAUCCCACACACCAGUGAUAUCUUUUUUCGACAGCAAUUAACAUUAAGUUAUGUCUGUCUCAGUGGAUUAUAUGGACAUCCAAUUACACGGGAAAAUGUGCGACGUGUGAUUGAAGUAUCAUUGGCAUUAUAUCAAUCAGGGGCAUUUCGUUUCCCAUUAUUAGAAACCGUACCUGUGGAGCGUGCGGAGACGGCAUUGGAAAUUGUAUCUACUGGACAUGCACGUGGGAAAAUUGUGCUAACAGAUUAUCAUCCUCCUGAAAAUGAAAAAGAAAGAAAAGAUUCUCAGGUGAUUGGUACACGUCGAAGAAGUUCCAUGAAAAAAUAUCAUCUAGCAGGAACUAGUGCUAGCGCUAAUACUACUGUUAAUGCUGGUGCUAAUGCUAAUAUUAAUAUUAAUGUUGAUAUUGGUGCUAGUGCUACAACAGGACCAGUAUCCACAUCCCAAGACCCAAAGGUAACAGCUGCAGCACUAGCAGCAGCAGCACAAAUAUCAGCAAUAGCUACUUCUUAA